CGCGAUCACGCAUGGUUCGCCUCGUGGCGGUGAGGCCAACUACUCUCUCACUUCCGCCAUUCGCUCUGGGCAGUUAAUGGCAACCUCCAUCCUCAAAAAGCUCACUACAUCGGAUUUCCAAGAGCAUUUCGACGCAUUGCAGCCAAAGUUGUCUCUGCGUGAAACGGAGGAGACGUGGGAUUCAAUCGCAAACGCUAUCAUCAGCUUGAAUAGGAUAUGUGCAGACCCCGAUGGAUACACGGUCUCGGAGCUGGUGGCCGCUCUCAAGUCUAUCUCGCGGCCGCUUGUUAGCGCCAUGAAUUCUGAACGCGGUCGAUUGUCAGGCGUCGCGAUGGAUCUCAUGGCAACUGUGGCAUCCUCUUUGGAGUCUCAAUUUGACCCACUCAUACCUCACUUCUUCCCCACUCUUCUUAUCCUCACUAGUCGCACAAGCAAAGUCACGAUUGCCAGAGCGCGGGCUUGUAUCCUCACCAUCAUUUCUACCACUCAUAUCCCAUCCAUCCUGUCACAACUGACUCAAUUUGUUGGUGACAAAUCAGCGUCUAUGCGGAUCACAAUAGCAGAGGCUACCCUCGCAUGUCUCAAUUCCUUUAACCCUCCUGAUCUGGAGAAAGAGGCACGCGCGAAGGAAAUCGAGGUUAUCAUUCGGACCUUCGCCAGAGACGCGAAUGCAGACGUGAGAAAGGUUAGCAAGAGGAUAUUCGAGGCCCAUCAAUUGUUGCUUCCUGCAAGGCUUGCAAGUUUCACCGCACCUCUUUCACCCACUACCAAAAAGUAUCUGGAUAUUCCCAAUGUGAAGAGUGUUGAAGCCCCGAAACCUUCGACAAGCCGACCCCCCAAAGCGAACGCGCUCGCAUCCUCUGCAUCAUCGAUGCAUCGACCGCCGUCGUCUCGGUCCUUGACACAUAUGCGAUCGGCGUCUGCUUCGAAUGUCGUGUCAAACGUCGCGAAACAGGAAAAGCAGUCCGCGCGUCCGCCGCGUCCACUGACAGACAUGCUUCCACCCAGAGUCCCCUCUAAUCCGCCGCUUCGAAGUGAGGCUAAUGAUAAUAAGAAACCCCCGACUGUAGAGAGAAAGCGGGUUGUUUCUGUGCCCGCCGCACUUCGCCCUGUUCGCGCAGUUACUCAGGACUCAGCUGCCCUCCGUCGCGCGCCAGCCGCGGACGAUGCACACCAUUCCCUUGCUGCCUCUGUUGGCCCGCGUAGGAUCCCGCGGACGGAGGCAGAGCAGCCAUCCCGGCCGCGUCUCAACAACGCUGUCUCCACACCGGCUCUCAGAACGACAGCACCCAUAGUUGUCGCCAAAGUGGUAGCUGCCAAAGUCCCAAUUGCUCGCCUGGUUCCCAACAAGAAGGCCCCGUCGACAGCAGGAACGAAGGAGUGUCCAAGGAAGCGAGUGCCAAUCACGAAACCUGCAACCAUCAAGGCCGCGAACCAAGCUCCGCCGAAAAGCAAAGAACGCCCUACGUCUCGUACAGAGAACAAGGGGAAUCACGCAACUCAGAGCAGAGUGGAGGAGGCCCCUCUCAAACCCCCGUCGCCAUCCGAGCAACCUUGCGAAUCACAGUCCAAGCGCGACGAUGACAAGGUUACGGUACAGGAGCAGUCUCAACCAGAGGAAAACGAGGCAGCGAUUCCCACCGCAGUAGUCGACAUGGAGCCAGUGGAGAGGACGACCAUGCCGCCUGCGAGGAAACUCCAAGUCCUGUGCAAGAACAGCAAAAUCUGCAAUGACUGCAAGACCCCCAUAUCGCAGCUGGUGCAGUCGAUCGAGGAGGGUUUCCUGUAUACACCCGCAGGGGCGCUAUCGCCUCCCAACUCGUACCUAGGUUUCCCUCAGACGGGACUGGCAUUCUCGUUUCCUUCAGUCGCGGCAUCCGAGUCGGUGCCUAUCGAAACCGCCCAUGAGGAUAUGAUUCAUGACGCCCAACUGGACUACUACGGAAAGCGCCUUGCGACGUGCUCCUCCGACCGCACUGUCAAAGUAUUCGAUGUCAUUGAUGGAGAUGCCCAGAAAAGCGGGAAAACUCUUACAGGCCAUACGGGACCUGUGUGGCAGGUGGCCUGGGCGCACCCCAAGUUUGGACACAUUCUCGCCUCUUGCUCAUAUGAUGGGAAGGUGUUGAUUUGGAAGGAGCAGCCCUCCGGAAACUCCAGCAGCUGGGCGAAGAUACGCGAGCACGCACUCCACACGGCAUCCGUCAACUCCGUCUCUUGGGCUCCUCACGAACUUGGGGCAAUGCUUGCUUGCGCCUCCUCAGAUGGCAAAAUUUCGGUCCUCACUUUCAAAAAUGACGAUCAAUGGCUGGCCGACAUCUUUGUUGGACAUGCGAUAGGCUGUAAUGCAAUCUCCUGGGCCCCUGCCAUUGCUGCAUCCAGUCUGAUUGCGCCCGGACAACAGCACUUGCAGUCGAUUCCUUCCGCGAUGCCUCCUGCGCCGGCAGCCCCUACUACGCGAUUCGCCAGUGCCGGAUGCGACAACCUUGUGCGGAUUUGGGUGUACCGCGACGAGAAAUGGGUCGAAGAAGAAGUAUUGGAAGGACAUACUGACUGGGUCCGAGAUGUCGCAUGGGCUCCGAGUAUCGGUCUGUCGCGGAGCUAUAUUGCUACGGCUUCUCAGGACCGGACUGUGUGUGUCUGGGUUCGUGAUUCUCCCAGUGCUCCCUGGGUCCGUAAUGUGUUGGAUCCCUCCUCGGCUGGAGAGUCGCCAACAACGGGCGGAAAGUUCCCUGACGUCGUCUGGAGAGUCUCUUGGAGUCUUGCCGGGAAUCUCCUGGCUGUCAGCUGUGGCGAUGGCAAAGUGACCCUCUGGAAAGAAAACCUUAAAGGCGUUUGGGAGUGUAUCCUAUCGUUCAUUGCAAUGGAGGAUAUCGAGGAUGAACCACGGGUCAAGCGUUUCAGGCAUCAAUCCUAUGCACAAAGUCUCAAGCAAGUACACCUGCCGUCGACUCUCAGCCAGACGCCCGUCGUAGACGAUCUCGCAGACAAUGAAUCCCAUUUCUACGCUGGGAUUGAGCAUUGGAAGCAGCUCAAUCUCGCUCCAGCCUUCAUAAACUUUGCGGGGAAAGCGGGCGGGCUGGCAGCGUCCAUGCCCUUACUGGUACUCAAUUGGCGGGAGGUGGUCGAUCUUUGGGUCGACGUUCUCGGGGAAGCGGAUGAUGAAGCUCUGAGGGCUCUUCUCGAUCUGCUGCAAAAGCUGGCCCACGAUCUUCGGACGACACUGUCCCCGGUGUAUAUGGACACGAUCCUUCCGCGGCUGCUAAAUCUAUUAACGCGUGCAAAACAUAUCUCAGCUUCGGCGCUCACUGCGCUGCUUGCUGCACUCGCUGCGGUGUUCAGGUUCCUCUUGGUUCCUAACUGUGUCGAGCCCUAUAUGUCGUCGUUCUCCUCCUCUUCAUCUCAAACUCAACUCCAGAGCUAUCCGCUUCUGGAAGAAACGCACUCUCGGCUUGUAGAAACGAUUCCAAACUGUCUGCCAGAAGUGCGUCGAGCUCUGGCUGAGGUGUGGGGUGGUGUUUUGCGAAGAUUGCGCGCAGGCGCUCGGGAAAGCGCUGUGACGCUUCUGGUCUCCGGAGAAAACGAGGGAGAUGGUGUUCAGGAUGCGGUUGCUUGGUCAAUCGUAUACGCAUGCGAAUCCGUUUCGCAAACCCUCCACACGUCCUCUCCAUCCAUCAUUCAGGUUCUAGUGGAUUACUAUGUGUCCUGUGCCGCUGAAAACGCCCCAAAAACAUACACACUUUCGCGUCGUGUGUUGACUGCGCUCAUCCACCAUGUUCGGGGCGCGGAUCAGUUUUCGCCAAUCUUGAACGUCCUGUCAGCGACGUUCACAUCGACCAAGGACGACAGCAAAGACAGCGUUGUACGCAUACUUGAACUGACCAGCAUCCCGGCGUCUGUAAGGAAUGGUGGGAGGAUGACGCAAAAAUUCGCUACGGGACUGCUGACUGCUCUGCCGGCUGUACAAGACCGGCUUCUAACGAGCGACACCCAUGCUGUAUUUCUGAAGCUGACCGCUGCGUUGCUGAUCUCGAGUCCAGAGGCCAAUACAUCGUUCUGGAUGGGCAAAGGACGGGAGGUCUUCGAUGGACUGUGGAAUUCGUCAACACAUGUCUCCUUUGCAAUAUCGCUCACGGGUGUGCUCGCUGAAUCCGGAUGGGCAGGAUGGCGAGCCAUCGGUCUUCCUAUCGUGCUGCGUAUCUCUGCGAAAGUUCUGUCCUAUUCAGACGAGGAGAGUGGCACCUUGAAGACGGACGUCGCCGCGCUAUUGGCCGAGCUCUGGCGCACAAAGAAGAUCACUCCAAGCGAUGGAGACGUCGUCUGGAAGAAAACAGUGCAGAAAUGGGGCGUUGAACGGUUGGGUGAACUUCAUUCAGGUCUGAAUUGGGUCGAGGCUUCCGAAUUUGGAGACAUUCUUGCCCUCUCCUCGGUGUUUUCUGACAUCUCAGAAACGUUAAUUCGUGCAUCCGAUGUCAGUCUGACAGGCAACGCAGCUCCUGACGCUUGGAUCCUCGGCAGAUGCUUGGGGCUGCUAUCGCAGAGACCGGUGUCGGAAUGGCAAAAUCUUGUUCCACUCGAGCAAUGGGUCUCAAAAUGUCUCGUUCUGGGCAGCGUCUGGUCCAAAUCUGCAGAGAUUCUGGAAGCCCUGGCUGCAUUGAUCGCUGCCAAAUCUUCAGUUCAGAUUGGUAUCAAGGAAAUUUACCCAGCCGUUGCCCCGUCCUUGAUCUCGCACUCUCGUUCUUUGCGUCUUGCGGCGUUGCAUCUAUUAGUGGUCACGUCUCCCUCCGAAGCGCGUGAAGUCGCUCAACGGUGUCUGGCGGGCGAACAAGUAGAGUUGGAUGUGGCUGGCGUGCGCGAGCGUGUGCUCCGGAUCGGCCGAGUGGAGAGCAUCGUCAAAGAUAAACAGCAGGAGGGCGAUAUCGCACCGGAAAUGGCUGUCCGAUGGCUUGUCGCUCAGUUGAAAGUGAAUCUGCGGCCCCUGUGGUCACCUGCGGCUAGUGCUCUCGUGCAGAUGGCUGAACGCUUUGGGAACGAAGUGUGGUCCAUUGUGUUUGCUGAGCUGUCAGGCUUGCACGGGGAUCGGGAGGAAGAAGACUCUGAAGCGAUCAAGGAGCACGACGAGACCUCCGAGAAUGAUGACUGGGAAGAGGAACCGCAACUGCUGUCUUGCCUGGGCGACUGUGCAUCGCUGGUGCAGAAACACAAUCGGGAUCUCAUUCCGCUAUUCCUUUCGCUCUCGCUUUCCAAGUCCAAGCUCUCGUCUUGGCUCACUCUGUUCUCGAAGUUGCCUAAUCCGAAAGCUCUGCACGGCACAGAAACGUUACACGCACUGUACCUCGAUACAUUGUCGCACGCCGAUCGCUCGCUGCAAUCGCUCGCGCUCUCCUGUAUUCUGACGUACAAGCCACCUCGCCUCGGUGCGCAUGAAGAGGUUCUGCGGGCGUUACUGGAUGACACGAGAUGGCGGGAGCAGCUCAGUCAGCUUGAGCUCGCCCAGAUGGAGCCUCAAGACAGAGAGGCGUUUAUGCCUAUCCUCAUCCGUCUCCUGUUUGGCCUGAUGUUGGAGCGUCGAUCUCGAGGGAAAGGUGCUGAUCGCCGAGCAGCGGUGCUGGGCACUCUUUCGGGAUGCACUUCAGACGAACUGGGAUUGCUGGUGGAUCUGAUGCUCAAAUCUCUCAAAGCAGACCGUUCCAGUGGCCGGGAUGAGCCGCUUCAACUGUCAGAAGAUGUGUCGGAUAAACAGCAGAUUGGCUUUAUCCAGCUGCUGGGCGAUGUUCUCAAACACCUGGGAUCUCGACUGGUGGAGUAUUGGCCUGCUCUCUUGGGGACGACCAUCGACAUGAUCUCAAAAGCGCAGAAGCGGAUUACGGCUGGGGCUGGGCGCACUGAACCGAUCGAGGACGAGGACGAAGUCGUCGAGCUCGAAGGUGGUGACAUCGAGGACAAUGUGCACGUCUCCAAAGUGACCCGCACGAUCAGACAACACGGUCUCAAACGCUUGGCUGAGUUCUUCCUCUGUCCAUCUGCGUUCGAGUUCCAGACGUACAUGCCCAUCUGUUUCAAUGGUUUCAUCUCACCGCGACUGGAAUCACUCGAUCGGGAAAGUACGCAGUCGCCUUCGUCGUUACUGGAGCUGUUCUACGUGUGGUCUGGAGACGAGCGAUAUGUCUCGUUCUUGAUCGGGUACGACGAGAGAGUGCUGCCCAAGAUCUACGACUGUCUGAUCGCGCCGGCUGUGAAACCCGCUGUGCUAUCCAAGAUCUUCGACAUUGUCGAAAACAUCCUGCGUCAUCCGGAUAUCUUGACACAGCAUGUCUCAUUGUUGCUAAGAAAUCUCGCCGUCCUCGUUGAACGGACCAAAGGCACCGCAGCUGUGUCGUCGCUCCUUGCCCAGAGGCAGAUCACCAUCCUCUCGCAGAUUGCCGCGUACUGCACCGACGCUGACCAGGCUACGACGCUCGUAUCGCUAUUCGUGCCGCUCCUCCGAAAACCGCCGAAACUCGUGUCAGAGAAAGUCAAGGCGGAACUGCUUGUCAUCACAUCCGCCCUCUUCCAAUCACUCAGAUCGCGUGCCUCCCGUGUCGCUCUCGUUACAGCGUACAAUUCUCUUGCGCGGAUCCAUCCCAGUCUGAUCCGGGUCGCCGGCCUUCUCGAGUCUCUAAAUGCAUAUUCGACACGGCGUAUCGAUGAGCCUGACUUUGACAAGCGGCUGUCGGCGUUUUCUAGAUUGAACGAAAGCCUGUAUUCCGAGCUGAGGACGGACGAGUGGCUGCCCGUUCUGUAUCACAUGCUCAGUGCGAUCCAGGACUCCGAAGAACUUGCCAUCCGAACCAAUUCGUCUUUUGCCCUCCGGCAAUUUGUUGAUCUCGCCGCUGGAGGCAAAGCAGACUUCAUGGGUAUGUUCAACAAGGUGCUGUACUCUGGCCUCAAGAACGGCCUGCAUUCGAAGCACGAGCUGGUGAGGUCGGAGCUGCUCGUCGUUCUCGCUUACGCGGUUACCAAAUGCGAGUCGCUGGAAGAGCUGAAACCGCUGCUGGCCAAUGGUGAUGAAGAAGCCAACUUCUUCAACAACAUCCACCACAUCCAAAUCCACCGUCGCUCUCGAGCGCUCCGCCGGCUCGCGGAGCAGUGUGACCAAUUCCAGCUGCGAAGCUCGACGAUCGCAGACGUUCUCAUCCCGCUGGUCGCCCACUAUCUCGCUGUUGGGGUCGACCAUCAUCUCGUGACCGAUGCGAUCACUGCCACAGGCAAGCUGGCCGGACAGCUCGUGUGGGCGCCGUACUAUUCUCUGGUGCAGAAGUAUCUCCGACUGAGCGCGGCGAGAGACGAGUCGGAGAGAAUCUAUGUUCGCACGCUCGUCGCGCUGUUGGACAACUUCCAUUUUGUGAUGGACGAUGUUAUCGUCGAGGAGGACGAGGAUGAAGACGAGGGCAAGUCAAAGGAGAAGGAGAAGGUUGCUCGGAUCGCCGACGCGGUGAACGUCCGGCUCCUGCCGAAACUCCUCAAUCACCUCGAAAAGUACGACGCUAAAACUGACGACAACAACCGCAUUCCGAUCGCCGUCGGAAUCAUCAAAGUCGCACUGCAUCUCCCAACCACAACACGAGAACCACAGAUCACUCGCUUGCUCACUGUGCUCAGCCAGAUCCUUCGCAGCAAGUCGCAGGAGACACGUGAUCUGACCCGGGACACCCUCGCCAAGAUCGCCGUCACUCUGGGACCUAAAUGGCUGGGAGUGAUGUUCAAGGAGCUGAGAGGUGCAUUACUCAGAGGACCGCAAUUGCACGUACUUGCAUAUGUCGUGCACUCUGUCCUCGUGCAUGUGACCUCCAGCGAUGACUUCGAUGGGACCUUGGAUGAAUGCGUCAACGACGUGGCCUAUGUUUCUGCCGAGGUUGUGUUCGGGGAAUCCGGCAAGGACGUGAUGGCUGAAGAAUUCAAGACCAAGAUGCGAGAGGUCAGGUCUUCUUCGGCCAAAGGUCUCGACUCGUUUGGAAUCACCGCCAAAUACGUCAGCCCGUCGAGGAUCAGCAGUCUGCUGGUCCCGCUGCGUGCGAUCAUGCACGAGACCGGAUCUGCCAAGGUCAUGGGCCUUGUGGAUGAAGUCCUCAAGCGCGUAACGAGCGGUCUCAACGCCAAUCGCUUACUCGGCGAGGGCGACCUGCUCGUGUUGUGCCAUACACUCAUCAGUCAGAAUGCCAAGUUCCUCCAGGAAACUCCCAUCAAGAGCAAACCAAAAGGCAAGGGCAAGGGCAAGGGCAAAGAGGAGGACUAUGUUGUUCAGGUGAAGAGAAUAAUCGCACAAGAGUCGGAUCAUUAUGCAGUUAAUUCGUACCGUUUCGUGACGUUCGGACUUGACCUGAUUGCUACUGCCAUGCGCCGUUCCAAAUUCACCUCGUCAGACCCAGAAGUCACGCGCCGGCUCGAAUCAAUGUUUGUACCGAUCGGGAACACACUGUACUCGACGUCUUCACCGGUGCUCGAGCUCGGUCUCAAGGCUGCCGCCGGGUUGUUUAAAUACGCGUUCCUGAAGAAUCUCGAGAAGAGCGCUCCAGUAUUUGUGUCACAGGCGCUUGCUAUCAUCAAGGCGUCAGGCAACACCGAGUCCUCUCUCGUUCAAACUGCAUUCAAGUCGCUAGCUGUGAUGCUGCGGGAUGGGCCAGCCUCAGUCUCCGUCAGCGAACGCGAUCUCAUCUUCCUGCUCGACAUCCUCACGCCGGAUCUCGAGGAACCCGCGCGCCAGCAGUCCUGCUUCGCGAUCCUCAAGGCCGUCGUCGCGCGCAAGCUGGUGGUGCCAGAAAUCUACGUCGUCAUGGACAAAGUCGCCGAGAUCAGUGUGACCAGUCAGUCCGGGCCGGUCCAGGAGCUGUGCCGCAGUGUGUUGCUGCAGUUUUUGCUUGAAUAUCCGCAAGGCAAAGGCCGGCUGCGCAACCAGAUGUCGUUCCUGGCGAAGAAUCUGGCCUAUGAAUACGAGAGCGGGCGGAAGUCUGUGUUGGAGCUGCUCGGUGCGGUGCUGAGCAAGUUUGAGGCGGGGCUUGUUGCCGAAUACUCGGAUCUGCUGUUCGUCGCACUCGUCAUGGUGCUGGCGAAUGACGACUCGGCCAAGUGCAGGGAAAUGGCGGCGGCUCUAAUCAAGACGCUCUUCACAAGGCUCAAAGACGAUCGGCGCCAAGCGUUAUUGGCCAAUGUGCAUUCGUGGAUUGCUGUUGGAGAGAAACAGAAGCAGCUGGGCAGGGUUGCCGUUCAAGUGUACGGUCUAGUGAUCGAUGUGCUCGAGGCAGGCGCCGAGCCAUAUCUGGAUGGGGUAUUGGAAGACGCUGGGCUCGCGCUGCAGACAAGUGCCGAAGACGAGGAGGAAAUCGACGCCGACGAGGCGGACCAAAUGGAUGUCGACCAUGAUUGGCAGACACCGUACCACUCUUUACUCCUGCUCGCCAAGAUCCUGCGGGUCUUCCCUGUCCGCACGAAACAAGCCCCGUGGGAGAUUAUCACCUCGCAUUUACUUUUCCCUCACUCGUGGGUGCGUCUCGCUGCCUGUCGGCUGUUGGGGACGCUGUUCACUACCGUCCCGUCUGGUCCACCCGGCUCGUUCUCUCCCGAUUUGGGUCUUUCCGAGAUGUUCACCACAGCUGGACUGAAAGAGCUCGCCGGAAAACUCAGUACACAGUUGAAGAGUGAGCAUCUCGAUGAGAACCUUGGCUUGCAGGUGGUCAAGAACCUGUUCUGGAUCGGGCGUUGUUUCUGUGCUGAACCCAGCGAAGGCGGAGAAGACGAGGACAAGAACCCUCUUCCGUGGCUGUUUUCCAAACUAUCGUAUCAAAUCCGCUCCUCGCAUAUCGCCAGACGGAGUCGGGCUGGUGCCAAGGUACCCAUCAUGGUCUCAACAACCCUCGCAAUACUGCGCUGGUUUGCUGCGAUGGCUUCUCACAUGCCAGCCUCCCAACUGGAGCUUUUCCUUGUCCACAUCCUCACUCCCGUGUACCGGCUGACGGAAGAUGACACAAUCCGCGAUCCCCAGAUGGAGGAACUGAAGACGCUGUGCAUUGAGCUCCAAGACUUGAUUCAGUCCAAGAUCCCGCCGCCCAAGUUCUCCGCAGUCUACAACCAGAUCCGCCAAGGCGUCCUCGGUGUGCAGCGAGAGAGGAAGGCGAGCAGAGCGGUCAAAGCCACUGUUGAUCCCGAGGCUGCAGCGAGGAGAAAGAUUCAGCGGAAUAGCGGAAAGAAGGAGAGUCGUAAGCGCAAGAGUGCUGCUAGUGCAGAGGGCAAGCCAAAGAAGAGACGAGUGGAGUAGACCGAUGUUUACAGUAUCUUUAUUAUUCCGUUUCGUUGUCUCUACCUGAAGAUGGGUUUCAGAAUGUCGAGGCUUGCAAACUCUAUGAGAGUGUCACCCACUAACGCUCGCAGCAAGCACUGUAUGGUGAGAGCACGUGCGCUGAUGAUUGUUCGCCACGGCCGACAAUUCUUAUCUUAUCGCCUCCUCUCAAGAAUAUCGACACAGCCACUUCCGCAUCGUUGCCCUCCCUUCCACACACAUGUCCGAGAAGCUCUCAGGCAGCCCCAAGCCCAUCCCGGAGAACGCUUCCUAUGUUCUCGUGGUCCACGGCGGUGCGGGCACGAUGUCCCGGAAGGGAUCCACGCCCGAACAACGCGCCGCGUACAAGGCUGGUGUCCGAACGGCGUUAGAAGCGGGUUAUCGGGUUUUGCGCCAGGGCGGCGAGGCGAUGGACGCGGUCGUCGCGGCAGUCUCUACACUCGAAGACAAUCCGCUCUUCAAUGCUGGGAAGGGUGCUGUGUUCAACACUGCAGGCAAGAACGAAUUGGAAGCAUCGUUAAUGCUCUCCAAAUCUCCCGCAUCCCACCCCGAGAUAUCAGCGUCCAGAAGGGGCGUCGGAAUGACGCUUCUGUCGCAUGUUCGCAAUCCUAGCAAACUAGCACGCGCGCUGUACCUCGCGCCUGACCAAUUUCCGCACCCUUUCAUCUCAGGCGCGACGGCCGAAUCAUUAGCCGCGUCGUUAGGCGAGGAGCUCGUGGACGAAUCAUACUUUUACACGAAAAAGCGGUGGAUCGAGCACAGACGGGAUCUGGGGCUGCCGGACGGGCCGUUUCCAUACGAAGAAGCGGAGGACGAGGAGAUGAACGAGAAGAUGCCGUUACUCGAUCUGCUUCCGACCGGUACAGUCGGCGCCGUGGCUUUGGACAUUCGGGGAUGCAUCGCUGCGCUGACAUCUACUGGCGGCCGCACGAACAAGCUCGUCGGCCGAAUCGGGGACACGCCUCACAUGGGGUCAGGAUUUUGGGCCGAGGAAUGGCCAGCGGCACAUGGCUGGGUGCAGAAAACGUGGAGCAAGCUAUGGGGUCUACCAGAGAGUCAUGCUGUCGGCGUUUCUGGCACAGGCGAUGGGGAUUACUUCAUCCGCUGUGCCACGGCUGCUACCAUCGCACACCGCAUCAAAUUCCUCGGCGAGCCGUUGGAGAAAGCAGCGACUCAUGCAGUCGAAGAACUGCGGCACCAUGGCGGAAUUGGAGGGGUGAUUGCUCUAGACAGUCUCGGGAACGUGGCUAUGCCACUGAACUGUCCCGGGAUGUAUCGCGGGGUCAUCCGAGAAGACGGAGUGCCUCUCACAGCCAUCUUCGACGACGAUGUACUGGAGUGAAUGUCCUUUCCGACAAUAAGUAUUAGGCGGAAAAAUAAGACACUGGUCGUCACUAAGAUGAAGGAUGAGAUAACUCGUCCACUCUCUGCAACAGCUUGUCGACCCUCCCUUCCAGACCAGUCACAUUACCUUGAACAACGCCUCGAUUAUCUUCCAGACUCUUCUCGAUAGUUUUCAAAGCGUUGUCCAGUUCACCCAAAGUUUCUCGCAUCUUCCGUUGAUCCUCUUCCAAACCAUCUAAGGUGCUCUGAAAUUGACUUGCCGAAGUGUGCAGUGCAGACAAAGUCCGUAGCCUCGUCAAUAUAUGCGGGAUAUGGGGAAGCGACGGCCCAAGACGAGCAAGCAGCGGCAGGAUCUGUUCCUGAAUCUGGGGAGCUGGAGGUGCACCGUUCGAUUGUGAAGGGUGACGACGGUGCGCGUGUUGAGAGGCAGACGCGCGAUCCAGGUCUGAGAGUAGGAGCUUCAGUCGCCGAGAUAUCGCAUCGAUAUGUCGUGGUUGCGUCAAGAGAGUGAGCUGAGAAUUUAUACGCGUGAUGAGGGGCAACAAAGGUGGCGGAAGAGGCGUGGUCUGCGCAGUUUCAUAAGCGAGACUAUGUGUGUACACUGACAAGGACGCACCUCAUCCAGUGCGGCAGUUGACGUCCCAAUCAGUUUCUCUAGGUCUCCUACUCGCCGAUCCAUUUCGACGAUACUACGGACGUUGGGCUUGCCUGGCUCCUCGUUGGCAACGGUGACUGCAGAGGUGUUCUUGUCACCACCAGAGUCGCCUUUAGUUUCUUCUUCCCCAUUCAGAAUGACACCAACAAGUUUACCCCGACCCUCCUUGUUCUUCCGUAUCUUGUCUAAUCGACCGCGCACGUCGACCAGACCACGAAUCAGUUCGCCCGCGUCAACAGUUUCGGCUUCUUGAUCCUUUGUAAGUAGGGGAUUGGUAGGGUCAGCGAGCUCCGUCUCCAGUGCAGACAACUCGGCUUGCAACGCGCGUAGUCGUUCAGGCAAAGGAACGGAUCGCGGCUUGGUGGUAUCAGAGGGUCCUGUAGACUCCGUUGGUGAUGGAGGAUAUGCGUAGUAAGUCCGAGGCUCUUUUUGGAUGUCAGAAACACGUCGGAGGAUUCCAUGCAUGCGUACCUCGUCGUCGCUCGGCCUUUCUAAACUUUUUGCUCGCUUCAUCGUGUUGCAUGAGAUUGGACAUGUCGAGUUCGUCUUUGGACGCAGCGGCUUCGGCACUGCGGGUCCCUCUUAUUGUCGAGCGCGUGUUCCCCGCUUCAUCGUCACUGCCAGCAUCGGCUUUCUAGUCAUGUAAUGAGUGUUGGAAUAGACAGAGACCCGGUGUGCAUGCUACAUUUGUCGCAGAGGGUACCGUGUCUUCGGUUUCAUAGACAUCCUGAGCAGUAUCCUGGAAUCACCGUCAACCUCAGUUCGUACAAGCAAGAAAGACACUUCACGAUGUCUGGAAGAUUGGAGUAUUUCGCGGCGCUCAUGAUGGGUAUAAACUGAGAAUGAUUUGAUGUGGCUGCGCUGCGGCUCGUCACUACACAGUGCUGCGACCAUGGUCCUCGUUCUCAUUAUUGGCGACCUUCACAUCCCUCACCGCAUACACGACCUUCCUGCGAAAUUCAAGAAGCUGCUUGUUCCCGGCAAAAUACAGCAGAUUCUGUGCACCGGAAAUGUCUGUGACAAGGAGACAUACGAGUAUCUGCGCACUAUAGCGCCAGAUGUGAAUGUCGUGAAGGGCGAUUACGACGAGAGUUCCGCCUUUCCAUCGUCAAUUACGGUUGUGCACGCUCCGAUCAAAAUUGGUCUCAUCCACGGUCACCAGAGCGUCCCCGUGGGCGACUUGGACUCCCUUUCCGCUAUAUCUCGUCAGAUGGAUGUGGACGUGCUCAUAUCCGGACACACCCACACAUUCCAAGCCCGUGAGCACGAUAACAAGUUCUUCGUCAAUCCGGGUUCCGCGACGGGUGCUUGGACGGGUUCUUUCAAUGGGGACCCGACUCCUUCCUUCGCGUUGAUGGAUAUCCAAGGCCCUGUCCUGGUGACAUACGUGUAUCAGCUGAUAGAGGGUGAAGUUCGAGUAGAGAAGAUCGAGUGGAGAAAAGAAGACGACUCUCUGCCUUCCUCGAGAUCAGCACCACAACCGAUCUCGAGCCCUACGCUGGGUAGCCCCCAGGCCAGUUCAGCAUGGUAGAAUUUUACACGAUGCAGACCGCGGCGGGCACUGCUCAUGCACGAAUCUGCUGUGAUUCGCCGUGGCUUAUGUCCCACUUCGGUGCCGCUAGCUCCUUUGAGGACUAAGUACGCUGUUCCUGAACAAAGAUGUACUGUGUACUGUAAGUAAUCCUAAUCGUAUCCGACCACAUCGACUGUUUUGCGGCCGGAGGCGAAGUUGGAGAGCUAAUGUGGGCUCACGUAAAAGUGCUUACUGCGAGAGGUACGAGGAAGACCUGAGCAAGAAUUGGGAAGGCAACAGCGGACCCGAUUCGUGGCGCAUCUAAUCAGCCAUGGAAUGGACAAUGCGGAAUCGGACAGACGAUCCCGGAGCCACGGGGGUGACGUUUCGAAUCUUCGGAGAAGCGCGACGGCCGAAAGCGUGGAUGAACGCAAAUCAUACUUUCCGGUGCAGAAAGCCGUCUUGUAUGAACGGAAAUGAAGGCUGCGGACGGACAGCUGAGGAGUUUUCGCCGGUGUGUGUCUAGUUUGGCUUGCCGGCAGCUCGGAUGGUGGUGUGCAGUAGGACGUAGCCGCUUCCCCGAAUGGCUUACAUAAGGCGCAAGCAUGUGAAUAACGUGUCUGACGACUCGGACGAUGGCCGCCGCUCAAUGACUUGGUCUGGGGUUCA